AUGGAGGAGGAAAGUCAUGAUCGUGAUGGUGGCUCCGGCGACCGUGAUGAUAGCUUCGGUGACCGAACGGAGUCAGGAUCAGCUGUUGCAAAGUCCGGAAAGAUGGCAGAGCUAUUCAAGAGGUGGAAGAAUGAGUUGAAAGCAACGUAUGUCGACAAAGGGAAGACUCCAAAAUUCACCGGCCGAUUUGAGAAGAUAAGAGAUCACUGGCCCGCAUUUGUGGCCAACAAGACAUUGGAGAGGAGUAAGAAGAUGAAAACCAACGCAAGACGUAGCAAGCAGCCACGGCCGGCGCCGUCCACAGGACAAGGGCCCAUCCUGCAGGGCGAGGCCUCCCGGCCAGGCCCGCAGCAGGCGCCGGUCGGUGCGCCUUGGCAGAUAGGGGAGGCACAGGUUGCUGGCCCCGGCUCCCCGCCCAGUCCGUGGACCGCCGCGCCGUCGCUCUCCAGGCGCGCGGCCGCAGAUCCUUCCGAGCUGAGGCGCAUCGCGUCGGCCAAGCGGGGCGGCGACAACGCGCCGGUGAGCCAGCGCCGGCUGGAACGGAGCAUGACCGGUGCCGCGCGCGCGCUCAGGGGCCUCCAGUUCCUCGACCAGAGCGUGGUCACGCAGGGCAGCUGGCCCGAGGUAGAGAAGCGGUUUGACCGCCUCGCCGUCGACGGCCUGCUCCUCCGCUCGCGCUUCAGCAAGUGCAUUGGGAUGGUUGGAUCGGAGGAAUUCGCGGCGCAGAUGGUCGACGCCCUUACACAGCGAAGGGGGAUCGUUGCUCAGGUGCUGACCAAGGAUGAGCUGAGGGAGUUCUGGGAGCAGCUAUCAGAUUCAGGUUCUUGGUUGUCUCAGUUUGUUUCAACGCGUUCAGGUUCCGGGAGUAUAUCACAGAUAACAUUAAGUUCAGUUUGUUUCAACGCGUUCAGGUUCAGGGAGUAUAUCACAGAUAACAUUAGAUUCAGUUUGUUUCAACACAAGAGCAGUUGUUUAUGUCAGGUUUUGAUCUGUCAAGUUGUUGUUCUGUCAAGAUCAAAUUUCUGUGGCCAAAUGUUCAGAGACCAAAUGAUCUUAGACUUGCUCUUAAUUAUUGGAUCAUGAACUUGCAGUGAUAAACAUGAUAAACAAUACUAGGACCCCCAA